AUGAAAAAAUCUCAAAAUUCCCCAUCGAAAGCGCAAGUUGCCUACAAAGCUACCCGAAGAUCCUCCCUCCGGUUCCGUACCGAUUUUCUCUUCCUACGCGGAUUAACUCCCUUGCUCCCUCUCUCUGUCUCUAUCUCUCCCUCUGAAGCAGCUCGGUGGAGUGAUUGAGGCGUGAAAGAUUCGUUGGAUUUCGGUUGCUGGAUUGUUCGUUCUUCUUCUCGUCUGGUUGAUGGCCGCCAGUGCGAACCCUACGGGGAACAAUCAGGAGGGCGCAAGCAACGGGACCGGCGUUAACAACGGCAGUUCGGUGCCACACGACAACGCCGCCGCGGGGCCCACGGAGGCGGCGCUCCGUCACAACCCCGGCCUCGCCGUCGACUGGACCGCCGAGGAGCAGUCUAUCCUCGAGGAUUUGCUCAACAAGUAUGCCUCAGAACGUAUUGUUAUUCGGUAUGCUAAAAUUGCAAUGCAGUUAAAAGAUAAGACGGUUAGGGAUGUGGCAUUGCGCUGUAGAUGGAUGAGUAAAAAAGAAAAUGGUAAGAGAAGGAAGGAGGAUCAUAGUUCUGCGAGGAAAAACAAGGACAAAAAGGAAAAAAUUACGGAUCCAAUGUCAAAGUCAGCUUCUCAUGCUGCAAAUCGGUCAAAUGGUCCUCCAUAUGCCCAAUCUAUGAUGUCUAUGGAUACAGAUGAUGGAAUUCCCUACACAGCCAUUGGUGGUAUGACUGGACAGCUUCUUGAGCAAAAUGCCCAGGCCUUGGAUCAAAUAUCUGCAAAUUUGGUGGCUUUCAAGAUACAUGAUAAUAUCAAUCUGUUUUGCCAAGCUCGAAACAACAUCCUCUCAAUCUUGAAUGAGUACAUGUGUCAGGCUUUCAUUGUGGCAUUUGCUCAAAUCACCAAGACAUUACCAGUCCUCUUUGGCUGAGUCUCCCAAUACAGCAGGACCUUGAGGUGACGUCGUGUUAAGUUUGAAUGACAUGCCGGAGAUAAUGAGGCAGAUGCCACCGCUGCCAGUGAAACUGAACGAAGAGCUUGCCAAUUCCAUCCUUCCUCGGUCAGCUUUGCCCAAGAACUCGUGAUCCAGUUGACUCUUAGUUAUGCCUGCAACCCCAGGCAGCAGCGAGCUUUGUUAUAAUCUGUGAAGGCAGAAUGAACUAGUUAAUUAGAUGCAGCAGAUUGUGUUUUUAGUGUGGAAUGGAGAAGUCCUAGUUGCAACCCUUUGUUUUGGUGCUCCAUUCUCUUGUCUUGUUUCUUUACAUCUUUUUCCUUUGAUUGGUUUUUAGGAAGUAGAUCGCUUAGCAUGUGAAUGCUGUUUAGGCAUUAUUAUUGGGCUCUGUAAAUAAUCUAAUGGAAAAAAAAGAAAAGAAAAAAAAGUUGAUCUUAGGUUUGUCUUUGGUUCAAAUGAACAAAUGCAAUAAAAAUAAUUGUAUUCAAGCA